CUGAACCACCUGCUGCGGAUGUCGGUUUACAGCCCCAGUCACCCGACAGAGCAGAGCGGCCCGGAGCAGUGCCCGAUCACCAGCCUGGAGCCCACACACACACUGGGCUGCAGCUGCACUGCACUGAGUGGAAGUGACAUCAACGCGCGUCUGAAUCUCACUGAUGCUGAAGUGGCUGAGAGUGAGAGGCGACACAUGUUGUUCGGCCGUCCGCGGGUUCUACAGUCUGACGCUAAAUACUGUGUCCUGCAUCAACACGGAUUCAUCACGGCCUACAGCACACUCACCCACACGCCUGUCUGGAGCUCCUUCACUCUCGACAAAACCGCUGAAAGUUCUCCGGUCAUCUCAGAUUGUCUCCGGGCAGACAUCAGGAUUCCAGCCAAUCAGAGCGCGACAUGUGAACAGUUCAACAACGCUGGCAACAUCACACACGUCUUCCUGUUCCCACCCAAUCUGAACCGCACGUCUGAAGAUCAGUUUGAUGCUCUGACACUUGGAAACGUGGUGCCCGUCUUCCCACAGUUCAAGAGACUCUGGCAGUAUUUUCAGGAGGUUCUGCUGCUCAAAUACACAUCUCAGUAUAACGGUAUUAACGUGGUUACCGGCCCAGUGUAUGACUACAACUUUGAUGGACGCUUUGACUCUCCAGAGCAGAUCCAGGAGUUCGUUGCAGGUUCGUCUAUUCCUGUUCCCACUCAUUAUUUUGUGGUCCUGACGAGCUGUAAGAACGACACACAGACGGUGAGCGAAUGUUCCGCUGAACUUCAGACGGUUUCCUUCCUGCUUCCGCACAGGAGCGACAACAUGGAGAGCUGUGCCGACGAUCAGCCAGAGUCUCAGUGGGCGGAGCCUCUCCUGUGGAUGCACCAAUCACGCGUCAGAGAUGUGGAGUGGAUCAGCGGACUGGACUUCUUUCAGGACAGCAAGCGUCCAAUCGCUGAGCUCCUGCGUCUGAAGACCCGCCCCACCGCCGCCAUUCAUCCCAAAGCUUGAGUUUUGAUUUUGUGUUAAUAUAUUUAUUUAAUCCUCUUAACGCAUUCAGGUCCAUUUUGACAGAACAGAUGCAUAAAAAUUCCUAAACAAUGUGUAGUGCUUAGUAAGUGAACAAACCUUUGCAGAUGCAUUAAGACCCUCAAAAUACACUAUUAGUGUCUUUUGUAAAAUAUACAGUAUUUAGUCUUUUCCCCCGUAUCUCACACACUUUUGGAUGAAUUUUGUUGAUGAACAUGAAUAUGUCUAUUGAUGAAACAAUGCAGCAUGAAAAACUGAUCACUUUUUUCAUCUGAAAGUGAACGU